GGGAUCGGCCUCGAAAUUCCGCGCCGGGAACAGCCCGCUGCUGCGGAGCGGCGUUGGUCAAUGGAGUAAUACAGGGCAAGUGUACAACGGAGCGCAACUUACAUUAACUUUUUGUAACCCGACGCGCUGAUUUAUUGUUAGCGCACAUGCAACACUGGAGGACGACUCACCCACCCCCACUAUCAGCACCCCUCCCGCCCUGGGGGCGCUCUGCCUCCACACCGCAGCAGCCCCUGAGGUGGUUCCGGAGCGAGGGGCGAGAACAAAUUCAAGCGCCGCUCUGAUUGGAGGAUCCGCCUCAUGAAGCUCCGCCCCCCGCGAAAGGACCCACCAAUGGGCACGGGCGGCGCGCCGUAGCACCGCGAGAGUUGCGCUGAAGCUGGUGCCGCCAUCUUGGAGUUGGGAGAGGCCGCGUCCCGUUGCUGUCCCUCUCGGAGGGUCGUUAGCAGGGGGGAGGGGGGAGGAUGGUAGCCCGACGGUGAGCGAACGGCACCCGGGAGUCCCUCCUCGCGCCGCCGAGCGGCGGCGGCCGCAGGGCUGGCGGGAUGGUGCAGUCGUGUUCCGCCUACCGCUGCCGGAACCGAUACGACAAAGAGAAGCCCAUCUCCUUCCACAAGUUUCCUUUGACCAGGCCCGAUCUAUGCAAGAAAUGGGAGGCGGCGGUGAAAAGGAAAAACUUCAAGCCCACCAAGUACAGCAGCAUCUGCUCGGAGCACUUCACACCCGACUGCUUCAAGCGGGAGUGCAACAACAAGCUGCUGAAGGAAAACGCUGUGCCCACUAUAUUCUGUUACACUGAGCCCAGUGAAAAGCCUGAGGAAUUUUCAGAGCAGCCAGAUGAUCCGCUUCCACCACCGCCACCGCCGCCGCCUCCACCGCCACCGCCGCCACCGCCGCCACCUGCAGCUCCCAUGCUACCGCCAUCUCCAUCAGCUCCUUCUUUUCAUUUAUCUCAGAUAGAUGCCAGAUUUGUAGAUCCAAGUAUCGGAUUAUUGAUGCCUCCUCUCCAGACCCCUAGCAAUAUUGCUGUUUUUUGUGAUCACAAUUAUACGGUAGAGGAUACAGUUCAUCAGCGAAAAAGAAUCCAGCAGCUAGAGGAACAAGUUGAAAAACUGCGAAAGAAGCUCAAGACGGCGCAACAGCGAUGCCGACGUCAGGAGAGACAAAUUGAAAAACUGAGAGAGAUUGUUCAGUUUCAGAAAGAAAAAGACAUCCUGGCAGGAAAAGGCUAUGUGAUUCUGCCCAAUGACUAUUUUGAAGUUGUAGAAGUUCCUGCAUAAAAGUCAUGAGCGUCCAUUUCCACUUGGCUAGGCUAAGAAGUUUAGUUUAAAAACUCAAUGCUCUCGAAUUCUGUUUGGGAGACUCUUCCAGAAUCCUAAAUCAGCAAAUAAGCUGUCAUGCAUAGGAGAUCACAUUUUUUAAUUUGUUUUCAUUUAAGUUUGAUAUGUUUUUUAAUGUACUGAAAUUGGAAACAUCUCAGAAUUAGGAUGCACAUUUAUUUUUUGAAAUAGGAAUUGCUUUGCAGAAGGAAAGGAUGCGUGGUUAAAUGCACUUACAAUCUGUACUUCUCUCUCUCUCUCUCUCCCUCUCUCUCUCUCUGUCUUUUUUUUUUUUUUACAAUGGUUAUCUUAUACUUACAUAGGCUGAAAGUGAAGCUGAGGUUGUUCUACACUUAAUACAAAACUUUAUCAAGGCGUUUAAUGUUUGCAUAGGUGGUCCCCAAAAAAUACGAUUUUUUUAAGCCAGCUGAGUACCUGCAAAUGCUGCUUUGUAUAGAGAAAAGUAAGAUACAUAUAUAUGUGUGUAUAUAUAUUUCAGACUGGGAACACUUCUAACCAAUUGUUAUGCCUUCAAAAUACUGCAAAAAGUCUAAUUCCUAGAUCCCUUUGGUGUGUAAAUGAGCCUUUUCUUUUGGAGUAUGUGUGGAGACUGAGAAGGGGAGAUUUCAUUAGUAUGGCUGACUAGAGCUAUAGGAGUUUUUGCUUUAAGUACACUUACAGACCUUGCUGAAAUACAGUGCUGCUCUGAACGUGCAUGUUGUCACAUUAUUGGCAGGAUCAGGAAGGUGGUGUACUGUUCAGGGUGACUGCUUUCUAAAGUGUCCUAAUAAUAUGCAGUUCCCAGUGUACUGGAAUAUGCCACUCUCAUAAGCACUGUAAGGGUAGAACGUUGUCCUUGUCUGUGAUUGAUGCACAUUUCAGCCAGCAUGGGCUCAUGAAAGGCCUGCUUGACCAAUCUGAUCUCUGUGACCAGAUGACCUGCUUGGUGGACAGUGGAAAGGCUGUUGUCAUAAUCUACCUAGACUUCAGCAAAGCUGCUGACGCUGUCUCCCACAGUGUUCUCCUGCAGAAGCUGGCAGCUCGUGGUUUAGACAUGUACACUCUUUGCUGGGUAAUGAACUGGCUGGUUGGCCGAGCUCUAAGAAUGGUGGUGAAUGGAGUUAAAUCCAAAUGGUGGUUGGUCAGGAGUUGUGUUCCCCAGGGGUUGGUACUGGGGCCUGUUCUGUUCAGUAUCUUGAUUGAUGGCCUGAAUGAGGGGAUUGAGAGCACGCUCUGUAAGACUGGCUGGAAGACUGUUUGGAGGAAAAGGACCAGGGGGUGUUGAUCAGCACUUGGCUGUAUGUGAGCCAGUUGCGUGCUCAGGUGGCCAAGAAGGCCAGUGGCUUCCUGUCUUGUAUCAGAAACAGUGCAGCCAGCAGGAGCAGGGAAGUGAUUGUUUCCCUGUAUUCAGCUCUGGUGAGGCCGCACUGUGUUCAGUUUUAGACUCCUUACUACAAAAAAACGUUGAGGCCCUGGAGGUUGUUCAGAGGAGAGCAGCGAAGCUAUGAGGGGUCUGGAGCACAGGUCUUACGGGGAGUGGCUGUAGGAACUGGGAUUGUUCAGUCUGGAGAAGAGGCUCAGAGGAGACCUUACUGCUCUCUACAACUGCCUGAAAGGAGAUUGUAAUGAGAUGGGGGACAGCCUCUUCUAGGUAGGAUAGACAGGAAUAGCCUCACGUACUGCCAGGAGAGAUUCAGGUUGGAUAUUAGGAAAAACUUAUUUUCAGAAGGAGUGGUGAUGCAGUGGCACGGGCUGCCCA